CACCCAUUACCUCCCUGGGGUGGGCGUCCAAGGUAGCAGAGGUGGGGGGAGAGGCAGCAUCGCAUUUGAGAGCAGGAAGCAAGGGGCUGGGGCUCAGGGCCACGCCCCCCCCAGCCCGGUGCACAGUCGCCAGCUGCGAAGAACCCCCAGCACAGGGUUGCAUCUCCGGGUGGGAGGGGGUUAAGUCGGUGGCCUCGAAGCUCCACGUAGUAGCUGGCUCGGCCACGGGCUGCGGUUAGGGCUGCCCUAUAAAUGGGCAGGAGACCCAAGAGCCGAGGACUCACCGCUGCCCGCGCCCCGCCGCCCGCAGCCCCGAGUCCUGGCUUCAGGCGUCCUGGCCAUGGCCUGCGCGCUCUUAUUCAGCCUGGGCCUUGUCGCCGGCCUCCUGCCGGUACUGGCCGCCUGUCCCCAGAACUGCCACUGCCACGGCGACCUGCAGCACGUCAUCUGCGACAAAGUGGGGCUGCAGAAGAUCCCCAAGGUGUCAGAGAAGACCAAGCUGCUCAACCUACAGCGCAACAACUUCCCAGUGCUGGCUGCCAACUCGUUUCGGACCAUGCCGAACCUGGUCUCCCUGCACCUGCAGCACUGCAACAUCCGAGAGGUGGCCGCCGGCGCCUUCCGAGGCCUCAAGCAGCUCAUCUACCUGUACCUGUCCCACAACGAUAUCCGCGUGCUGCGAGCCGGUGCCUUUGACGAUCUGACCGAGCUCACCUACCUCUAUCUAGAUCACAACAAGGUGACCGAGCUGCCCCGAGGGCUGCUCUCCCCUCUAGUUAACCUCUUCAUCCUGCAGCUCAACAACAACAAAAUCCGAGAGCUGCGCCCAGGUGCCUUCCAGGGGGCCAAGGACCUGCGCUGGCUCUACCUGUCAGAAAACUCCCUCAGUUCCCUGCAGCCUGGUGCCCUGGAUGAUGUGGAGAACCUUGCCAAGUUCCACCUGGACAAGAACCAGCUGUCCAGCUACCCCUCAGCUGCCCUGAGCAAACUUCGGGUGGUGGAGGAGCUGAAGCUGUCUCACAACCCUCUGAAGAGCAUCCCUGACAGCGCCUUCCAGUCCUUUGGCAGGUACCUGGAGACACUCUGGCUGGAUAAUACCAACCUAGAGAAGUUCUCAGAUGGUGCCUUCCUGGGUGUGACCACACUGAAACACGUCCAUCUGGAGAAUAACCGCCUGAAUCAGCUACCCGCCAACUUCCCCUUUGACAACCUGGAAACACUCACCCUCACCAACAAUCCUUGGAAAUGCACCUGCCAGCUCAGGGGCCUUCGGCGGUGGUUGGAAGCCAAGUCCUCUCGCCCGGAUGCCACCUGCUCUUCACCUGCCAAGUUCAGGGGCCAGCACAUUCGGGACACAGAUGCCCUCCGCAGCUGCAAGUUCCCCACCAAGAGGUCCAAGAAAGCUGGCCACCAUUAAAUAGGUCCUGACCCAGCCAGUCCUGGUGACUGGCCUUUGCCUUCUGCUGGAGAGACUACUGACCUUCCCACUGCCACCUACACUCCCCUACAGCCUCUGCUGAUGCACAGAGCUUCCCACACAUCCUGGUAGGGGACAUUGGGUUCUCUACUACCCACCCCAGCUCCACCCAGCAGGGUCUCUACUACCCAUCUAGAUACAUCCUGGCAGGGGACAUUGGGUUCUCUACUACCACUUCUCCAAGGGAGGAUAUAGAGCCCUUGCCCAGCCACUGUGCCUGAGCCCUGCCAUGGCUCCUCUCAGAGAAGCUAUUGCUGAACCCUCUCCCCUGAGUCCAUCAGAACUAAAAUACAGUAGUCAUCAGGAUGGUCACCAUCCCCUAAUUGCCUUCUUCAGUUCCCUCCUUCCUUACCAUUUGGAAACAAACAUCAGCCCGUUAUCCCAUCCUUAUUUCCAGAAAAGAUCUCAAGCCCAUGUCCCAACUCUGCCAUCCCCCUCCUGCCAAGACAUACUAACAAGACACCGGUGCUUGGCUACACAUCCUUCCAUUCUGCGUUUCUGUCCCAGAUUUCUAUAAACAUAAAUUUAUGUGUGUAUAAUAUUCACUCCCCUCUCACCUAUCCCCAUACCUCACCAGACCCUGAUGAGAUCAGACUGUCUCAUCCUGCCUUUGCUUCCUGGAGAAGGGGCUAGCCCUGAGGGUCUCUUUUGGGCUUUUGAUAUGGCUUGUCAGUGUAUACUCAUUUUAGGCUUGGCCUUCUCCUAGCUACCCUGGCUCUGACCACU